GCACCAACCACGAGCCCUCGGAGAUGAGCAACCGCACCAUGAUCAUCUACUUCGACCAGGUACUAGUGAACAUCGGCAGCAACUUCGACUCGGAGAGGAGCACGUUUAUAGCGCCCAGGAAAGGAAUUUACAGUUUUAAUUUUCACGUGGUGAAAGUCUACAACAGGCAAACCAUCCAGGUGAGUUUGAUGCUAAAUGGGUGGCCAGUGAUUUCUGCCUUUGCAGGAGACCAAGAUGUGACCCGAGAAGCUGCCAGCAACGGAGUGCUGAUACAGAUGGAGAAAGGAGACAGAGCUUAUCUAAAAACUGGAGAGAGGGAACCUGAUGGGGGGCUGGAAGUACUCGACAUUCUCUGGAUUUCUGGUGUUCCCGCUUUAAACCACAUCUCAUCUGAGAGAAGGGAGAGCUGCAAGUCAGAGAAUCUCCUACAAGUUCCCCAGCCCCAGCUGGGUGUACGGAGCUGUGGACAGCGGACUUUUUACGUGCAAAUAUUUAAGAAGCUAAAUCCUGCUUAGGUUGUGUACAUCGCUUUGAAGAAUUACUCCUUAUUUCCGUUGUGUUGCAGCCAACAGGCAGGAGACACUAUAAUUGAUCACAGCCCCAUUUCUAUUCCUCUCUCCUCCCACAGAAUUAGUUCCCAUCUCUGUGUCACUAUGUAACCAGCCAUCGUUCCCCAUGGUUUCUGCCUCACACAAGUAGACUUUAGGUAUUUCCAUUGUCCUUUGCAGCAUAUUUUGUAGUUUUGUUUUUAAAACAUGUUAAUCUCAACUCUUUUCUCUGAGUUUUAACUUUAAAAAACCCACACAACAAAACAAAAGCGCAAAGUAUUUUUGAAUACGUGGAUGCCACGGUGGAAGAGCAGAUGCCGCUCUGGCUGUGUGCGGGCUGAAGGAGACGUUUCUACGUGAAGAACUGUUUGCAGCGAGGGCUGACCGCAGUAUUUCAAUAUUUCUAUGUAAUUCUGAGUGAUUGUGAAAUUUAAGGCUGCUAAAUGUUUUGACGCUUGUUUUGCUCUUGUAAAAUGUGGCCCAACUAAACGCCAGGAAGUAUAUUGAACUUUUACUAUUACUCUGUAAUAUAUGUGUGAAUAUUGAAAAUUAAUUUUUGCUUUAAUUCAAUAAAGUUUAAAUGGGACUUUUAUUUUUCUUAACCCGCA